AUGCUAAUCAAUUUGUUAAUUACAGGGACAGCCGUACUCACCAUGGACUUUUUCCUAUCUAGCACAGAAGCCCAACAAUCCUACCUGCAAGGAUUCAGCAAGAAUAUUCUAGAGGCCUCCUUCGAUAGCGACAUCAAGGAGAUAAACAGGGUUCUGUUUGGAGAGGAGGGACAGAACCAGAAAGGCGAGGAGAGUCAGCAAGAGGGAGUGAUUGUGGAACUUAAAAGCAAACAGAUUCGGGAACUGACCAAACAUGCCAAAUCUAGUUCAAGGAAAGCCCUUUCCUCCGAAGAUGAACCAUUCAACCUGAGAAACCAAAAACCCAUCUACGCCAACAAAUUUGGAAAGUUGUACGAGAUCACACCGAAGAAAAACCCGCAGCUUAGGGACUUGGACGUGUUCCUCAGUUCUGUAGAUAUCAAAGAGGGAAGCCUUCUUCUGCCACACUACAAUUCUAAGGCCAUAGUGAUAUUGGUGAUUAAUGAGGGAAAAGCAAACAUUGAACUGGUUGGUCGAAGAGAAGAACAACAGCAGCAGCAGCAAGAGGAAAGGUUGCAAGUGCAGAGGUACAGAGCUGAGGUGUCUGAAGACGAUGUAUUUGUAAUCCCAGCAGCUUAUCCAGUUGCCAUGAACGCAACCUCCAAUCUAAAUUUCUUUGCUUUCGGUAUCAAUGCUGAGAGCAACCAGAGGAACUUCCUUGCAGGUGAGAAAGACAAUGUGAUUAGUGAGAUACCUACAGAGGUGUUGGAUCUUGCUUUCCCUGCGCCUGGUGAGAAGGUUGAGAAGUUGAUAGAGAAGCAGAGUGGGUCCCACUUUGUUGAUGCGCAGCCUGAGGAAUAG